GUUGCGAGCAACGAGAGGGGGAGAUAGACUGAGGCUGAGACGGGCAUUUGCAGAGAAGCUUCUCAGGGACUAUCAACAGGGCGUACUAUAGAACGCAAGAGGAAAAUUGGGGUAUGAGCUCCGUCAGAAUCCGCUCCCAUCCUUCGCUGCCCAAGGACCAGUCUGACUGACAACCACUGGUUCAGCACCACCGCCGUCUCACCUCUCAGAUAAGCCCAAUAUCGGCAAACCCGCACAACCAUGGAGCUCAGAGUGGGGAAUAAAUAUCGGCUCGGCCGCAAGAUUGGCAGUGGCUCUUUCGGUGACAUAUACCUGGGUGCCAACAUUGCCACGGGAGAGGAGGUGGCCAUCAAGUUGGAAUGUGUGAAGACGAAGCACCCUCAGCUCCACAUAGAGAGCAAGUUCUACAAGAUGAUGCAGGGAGGAGUGGGCAUCCCGUCCAUCAAGUGGUGUGGUGCGGAGGGCGACUAUAACGUGAUGGUGAUGGAGCUGCUGGGCCCUAGCCUGGAGGACCUCUUCAACUUCUGCUCCCGCAAGUUCAGCCUGAAGACCGUGCUGCUGCUGGCCGACCAGAUGAUCAGCCGCAUCGAGUACAUCCACUCCAAGAACUUCAUCCACAGAGACGUGAAGCCCGACAACUUCCUGAUGGGCCUGGGCAAGAAGGGCAACCUGGUCUACAUCAUCGACUUCGGCCUGGCCAAGAAGUACCGCGACGCCCGCACCCACCAGCACAUUCCCUACCGCGAGAACAAGAACCUCACCGGCACCGCCCGCUACGCCUCCAUCAACACCCACCUGGGCAUCGAGCAGUCCCGGCGUGAUGACCUGGAGUCUCUGGGCUACGUGUUGAUGUACUUCAACCUGGGCUCUCUGCCCUGGCAGGGCCUGAAGGCUGCCACCAAGAGGCAGAAGUACGAGCGCAUCAGCGAGAAGAAGAUGUCCACGCCCAUCGAGGUGCUGUGCAAGGGCUACCCAUCUGAGUUUUCUACCUACCUGAAUUUCUGUCGCUCCUUGCGCUUUGACGACAAACCAGACUACUCGUACCUUCGUCAGCUCUUCAGAAAUCUGUUCCACAGACAAGGCUUCUCUUACGACUAUGUCUUUGACUGGAACAUGCUUAAGUUUGGUGCCAGCAGAACAGCUGAGGAGGGCGAUCGGGAGAGGAGGGGAGGUGAGGAGCGUGACGAGAGAAUCGGUGGAGGUCCACGGGGAUCGGCUGCAAGAGGCCAUCCGCCCGGCCCCAACCCCUCGGCCCCCAACCGGGUCAGAAACGGGCCCGAACAGGCCAUCUCCAACCCCGCCUCACGAGUCCAGCAGUCUGGGAACACAUCGCCUCGCGCUAUCUCUCGUGCGGAGCGGGAAAGGAAAGUCAGUAUGCGUCUCCACCGAGGAGCACCUGCCAACGUGUCUUCGUCUGACCUCACUGCCCGUCAUGACCAGUCUCGCAUUUCCACGUCACAGGUCAGCAUGCCGUUCGAGCACCUAGGAAAGUGAAAGUCCCUCAGCUCCAUGCACACUGAAUACUGACUGGGCAUCAGGUGACACUCCUUGCUCCAGAUUCUUUUGGUUUUGUUUGUUUGUUUUUAAAUGUUGCCAGUGAGACCAAGAGAUGGACACGGAAGGCAUGGACUGGGGAGAAAGGGGAUGGAUGGAUGGAUGGAUGGAUGGAUGGAUGAAUGGAUGGGUAUGUUUUUAGCAGAAGUUUGGAUCUUCACUCAUUGUCAACCAAAACUCAUUCCGAGGAAAGAAAGCAAAACAUUGUUUUUUUUUUUCCUCACCUCUCCUCACUCUGAAGACCGUCAUAUCCUGCAUUGUUACCCAUUAUCUGAACUCCAUGGUAGUAUGUGUCCUCAUGCCAACAGGGCCUCAGUCCCUUCUCUCCCAGUAUGUCAUUGUCAUUGGGAGACCCGGAAGUCUUGGCUAUGCUGAGGCAUGUGGUCCUUAUUGUUCCUUAUGGAGAAUGUAGCUGUUAGCAUGUGCAUAUUCCGAUCUGUGCAGAGAGUCAACAUGUUAGUCUUUCACAAGUGUAAUUUUGCACACCGAAAAAAAAAACGCUCAUGGUACCUGUCUUCAUUCUGGUAGUGCUUUAACUACAUGUUGUUUUUAAUCCAUUAUCGGUGGAAGGGCAGCCAAAAGAUGUCCUUUUUUGCUCUUAAGAAGAAGACGGGCGGUUUGUUAUGUCCUUGUGGUUUUAUUGGAGAAGUGGAAUUCAAGAGAGAAACGGAGAGGUAAUACUAAGAGUAAUGAGAGGAGGAGGGGGUUGGAAAGAUGACAGAAAGCCAAGGAAAGUGAUGACUAGCAUUGGGGAUCCUUAGCGGACCAGGGGAAUGUGGAGAGACACAGGUUCAGAUCUUUUGCCCUUUUCUAUGGCCAAUGUCUUACUCGUCAUAUUCACUGUUUGAUGUGAUCGCGAACUUUUUCCUGACCAAGUUGACGACAAGCUGACAUCCGACCCAGAGAUUUUAGAUGGUAAAGGAUACGGCUAUGCUUCAUUGUUGUCAUCCUUUUUUAUAUUAUUAUUAUUCCUAAAAUCCUCACUUGAGCCCGUUUCCCAUCAUUUUUUUUAAUUCAAAUAUAAAACGCCAGCCACUCAGCGGUGGAGAUAUCAUCAUCAAAUGUUUUUACGUUGCCGAUGAGGUGCCACACCAUUCCAGGACUCCAGUCCUUUGCUGACAGGGUGGACAUGUCAUGUGACCUUUGACCUAUGUCAAUGUAUUUGACCAGAAACUGCGAAAAGGAAAGCGGAAAGGAAAAGAACCACGGCCAACUAGAAUUCCUAUGAUUGUUCUUAUUGUCAACAUUUUUUUCUUUUCUUCUGUUUUUUUACUUUUUAAUUGUGUUUUUCUUCUGGAGAUCUGGUGGGAGGGGAGGGGCAUGAAGUAGAAUGACAUUACUUUACCUUUUUUUUUACGUCACUGUAAUUUUUUUCUGUAUAAAGCCAAAUGUCGUUGGUUGUUUCAAGGUGUAAUGUAGAAAAACUAAAAAUGCUUAAAACCCUGGGGUGGGAUCAGAGAUUUAUGAAAUAUAUAUAUACACAUAUAAAUAUUAUAUAUAUAUAUAUUAAAAAGUACUAAAUUUGAGUGGGACUCAAAUGUGUUGCAUUGUCUACUGGGUCAUUAGUCAGAGCUGCUGUGUACCUGGUUUUCUGUUCCCUGUUCUGCGUUACAGCUGUAUGUGACUGAAGCUAUUCCUCAAUGGAACGGCCUGCUCAGUUGAAGUUGUGGGGGGUGUGAGUGUGUGGGAGAGGUUGCAUCAGUGAUUGGGCAUUGUUAAUCUCUGCAGCCACGGUUGCCAUAUUCACAACGUGUUGUUUUCCUGUUCGUCUCAAAUGUCUAGGGGCUACACCCAAUGAUGGACCCGUGUUCGUAUGACACUGGCCGCUGAAUGGCCGGGGGGGACGGACGGGUUACACCCUAAUUUUCAAGGAUCUUGAUUUGGUCAUUUUGCUCCUGGAUAUGUUCUUUGUUGUCAUUGGUUUACUUUUUUUAGACUGUGAUUUUAGUCAGACAUCAAUGUAUCUGCCUGGAUGGAUGGCCUCUUGACUGAUGUGUUGAUGAACGCCUGUGGUUAUGCAUGGAUGCUGAGACUGUUGUGCAGUCACACAGCACGAUCGUUCGUUCAUACCGUGCCAUGUCAGCAGGCUGUGUAAAGGACCCAGUAGCAAUGUUACCAAGGGGCCAUGGGGUGGGACAGGGCUAGAAAAUAUUAUGGGUCAGGAACGGAUAGGGGGACGAGGAUUCACUUUCUGUAUUGUGUACUGAUAUCUUGUACAGUUCUUUAACACACUUUAACUUUAUUUACAACAGUAUUUGUGUAUAUUUUAUGAAGUAAUAAUAAAAAAUGAGCAAAACAA